CUCCAAACCAAACCCCUCGCCUCCGCUUUGACCACCGCCGCGCCGCGCCACGCCGCGCCACCGUGAGAGAGGGAGACAGAUGGAUCCGGUGACGGCGGCGGCGGCGCAUGGGGGUGGGCACCACCACCACCACCACUUCGGAGCGCCACCGGUGGCGGCGUUCCACCACCACCCGUUCCACCACGGCGGCGGGGCGCACUACCCGGCGGCGUUCCAGCAGUUUCAGGAGGAGCAGCAGCAGCUUGUGGCGGCGGCGGCGGCGGCUGGUGGGAUGGCGAAGCAGGAGCUGGUGGAUGAGAGCAACAACACCAUCAACAGCGGCGGGAGCAACGGGAGCGGCGGGGAGGAGCAGAGGCAGCAGUCCGGGGAGGAGCAGCACCAGCAAGGGGCGGCGGCGCCGGUGGUGAUCCGGCGUCCCAGGGGCCGCCCCGCCGGCUCCAAGAACAAGCCCAAGCCUCCGGUCAUCAUCACGCGCGACAGCGCCAGCGCGCUGCGGGCGCACGUCCUCGAGGUCGCCUCCGGGUGCGACCUCGUCGACAGCGUCGCCACGUUCGCGCGCCGCCGCCAGGUCGGUGUCUGCGUGCUCAGCGCCACCGGCGCCGUCACCAACGUCUCCGUCCGGCAGCCCGGCGCGGGCCCCGGCGCCGUCGUCAACCUCACCGGCCGCUUCGACAUCCUCUCGCUGUCCGGCUCCUUCCUCCCGCCGCCGGCGCCUCCCUCCGCCACCGGCCUCACCGUCUACGUCUCCGGCGGCCAGGGGCAGGUCGUGGGCGGCACGGUCGCCGGACCGCUCAUCGCCGUCGGCCCCGUCGUCAUCAUGGCCGCCUCGUUCGGGAACGCCGCCUACGAGCGCCUCCCGCUCGAGGACGACGAGCCGCCGCAGCACAUGGCGGGCGGCGGCCAGUCCUCGCCGCCGCCGCCGCCGCUGCCAUUACCACCACACCAGCAGCCGAUUCUUCAAGACCAUCUGCCACACAACCUGAUGAACGGAAUCCACCUCCCCGGCGACGCCGCCUACGGCUGGACCAGCGGCGGCGGCGGCGGCGGCCGCGCGGCGCCGUACUGAUCAACAUCGAUCUCGCCGGAGAGAAAAAAAAUGGAGGAGAAGGAUCGGAGCGAGCCGUGCAUGGUGUAGGAUGAAUUAAGCUAAGAGUUAAUUUCUUCUUCCGCCUUUGCUAAUCAUGAUGCUCUCGUGUUGUUUAAUCUGUGGCAAUCUGCUUAAUUGCAAGCUCAUCACUGCAAUUAAGCAGCAGCUAAGGAUGGUUGGAUGGUUAAAACUAGUGCUCUCUGUUAGUGUUGAUGUUAAUUAAUUAAUUACUUUGUGUUCUUUUUACCUUUUAUUUACUCUUGAAUAGACUACCUUAAGCUAGCUAGCAUAAUGCAUGAUUCAUGUAGCUUAAUUAGUUAAGGUAGCCAGGUAGUAGUAAUUAAGGAAGGGAGGCAUGAUACAAGUACUACUAGUUGCUAGCUAGAUAGUGGUAAUUAGUCAACUAAUUAAGGGUCUACAAGCCAAUCAAUCAAUCAAUUAUUAAACUAAUCAUGUCAUUGUCCA